CUUCGAUAUUUACUGCAAGCCGUACGCGAUCUUUUGGCGUUACGAAAGGCAGACUCCAGUCGGUCUGAGCGUAUGGGCAGAUCACCAUCUCUCGCUGAACACACUAGCAGAUACAACACCGACUCGCUAGACGAGCAUAGAAGUCCAGCUCAGGUUGGCAAUGAGGUUGAGGAGUCUGAGUUGGAGGUGAAGAGUACGGGUCGUGAAAUGGGCAAUCAGGUGGCGACAGAUAGCCAAGGCACCGGGUUCGGCCAGGGAAACUUUGCUGGUGAAGCAGCGUGGUAUCAGUGCAGGCCAAGAGCGGACGAGGUAGCCUCUGACGCCCACACUCCCUGUCACCUCCUGGCUGCUCAGGCUACGCUGGGCCCUACGAGCGCCUCAUCUGGUAGACCCGCAUUGCGGGCCAGCCACCCCAUCCCUAGGGCGCAUGGGGCGGGCAAGGAGGGCACCAGUCGUCAGAGUCUGGCGGCCAGCGACAGCGGCGCGCAGACCGGCCCUGGCAGCAGAGGCAGUAGCUGCCAGAGUCUGGAUCCCUUCGGCAGCGGAAGCCACUCUUCCAGACCGACCCUCCAGCCGAGCACUGACUCUGUCGAGCCCUCCGUCAGCAUCGGAGUCGGAACUGCCAAUUCAGUGGCCAUCAACUCUGCUGGCGUCGAGGCAGAAGCGGUCUUGAUAGCGACGGAAUGCGAUUGUCCGGCGCACCGACCGACUGCCUGGACAGGACAGAUGACCAACUGGAAGGUCCACCGGCUCAGCAUGGACGCCAAUCAGGUAGAAAUAAUACCGGGCAGCGCCGGAGAGCCUAGACGUGCCUCGUGCUCCUCUCAGACGGCGUCAUCACGCGAGGCCCAGCCUCUGCAGGUGGGCGGCCAUAAUGGCGCAGAGAGCGCCUCCGUACAGGACGGCGAAGUGAAAGGUUAG